AUGGCAGACCGCUACUCGUUCUCUUUGACGACAUUCUCGCCCAGCGGAAAGCUGGUCCAGAUCGAGUAUGCUCUGAACGCAGUCAACCAGGGUGUUACCGCCCUCGGCAUCAAGGCCACCAACGGCAUCGUGCUAGCGACCGAGAAGAAGUCGUCAUCACCUCUCUCCGACCCGUCCUCGCUGUCCAAGAUCAGCCACGUCACCCCCAACAUCGGCAUGGUUUACGCAGGAAUGGGCCCCGAUUACAGAGUACUGGUCGACAAGGCGCGAAAGGUCUCCCACACCGGCUACAAGCGAGUCUACAACGAGUACCCUCCGACCCGAAUCCUGGUGCAAGAUGUCGCACGAGUGAUGCAGGAGGCUACACAGUCUGGAGGUGUCCGACCCUAUGGUGUCAGUCUUCUGAUUGCUGGCUGGGAUGAGGGCAUCAUGCCGGACGAGGAGGCUGCGGCCGAGGGCGAGAUCGAGGCUGAGGGCGAGAAGAAGCCCUCGGGCAAGACCGGCGGUAUUCUCAAGGGCGGGCCUAUGCUUUACCAAGUCGACCCCUCCGGAGCCUACUACCCCUGGAAAGCUACUGCUAUCGGCAAGAGCGCCACGACGGCAAAGACAUUCCUGGAGAAGAGAUACACCGAGGGUCUAGAGCUAGAAGACGCUGUGCACAUUGCAUUGCUGACGUUGAAGGAGACCAUUGAAGGCGAGAUGAAUGGCGAGACGAUCGAGAUCGGUAUCGUUGGCGCACCAGCGGAUCAUCUUCUCGGCGUCGAGGGCGUCCAUGGAGCAACAGGACCGCGGUUCAGAAAGCUGACUCCUCAAGAGAUCGAGGAUUACCUGACGAAUCUGUGA